AUGGACCUCCCUUCUCUACCUAUACUGACUAUCCCUGUGCCUGCAGUGUUUGCCAAUGCCGGCCUCGUCGGCCUGGAGCCCUUCUACAAGAUCCAGACCCUGCCGCCCAAGAAGCCGCAGAUGGUCGAUAACGAGGUCAACACCGUCGGCGUCUACUACACCUGCUACCUGGCCAUGCACUACAUGCGCCAGAACCCCGUGAAGGGCGGCCAAAUCAUCAUCACCAGUUCAGCCGCCGGCAUCUACCCAUCAUACUCGAUCCCGCUAUACACGGCGUCCAAGCACGCCGUGGUCGGCUUCAUGCGCUGUCUGGCCCCGGUGCUUCUGCGCGAAGGUAUCCGCGUCAACGCCACCCUCCCCGGCGCGGUCAAGACCCCGUUCAUGUCGGAAGAGGGCUGGGCCGCCUUCCCCGAAUCCAUGUUCACCACGCUCGACAACAUCGUCGGCGGCGUCAAUAAGCUGCUUGACGACCCGGACGCGUCGGGCGUCGCUCUCGAAAUCAGUCAGGGCAACUACUAUCCACGACCGCAGCACGAGUGGAGCGACGAAGCCCAGAAGUUGAUCUGUACCGCGGCCGGCAAGUUCGACCCGGACACCAUGUUGUAG